UAUGUUUGAUAUACCAACCACAAUCUUAUCAGUGCUUCUCAAUUUUUGGCAUGACUCAAAUGUUUAAGUCUAAGAUAAUAGCAGAGGUUUUCGUACGAAUAUGUAAAGCUAUGAAAAUUGUAAAGUUUUCACGAUUCAAUUCUUAAAACUACACUUCAUUUAACUUUUCAUAUAUAUAUAUAUAUAUAAAAAAAUUUUUAUUGCAAAAAGUUUAAAAACUAUUCUAAACCAUUAUGGUAAACAACCCAACCAAUUCAGAGGAGCUCCUAAAACUGAGUUAGGACCGUGGGAUUGAGAAGCACUGAUUUAUUUCAAUAUAAACACUAUUUCACUGCCUUUUGCAAUUUUGACCAUUUGUCCCACAAGUUUCUUUAAGAUUUACUUGUAAUACAGUUUGUGUUUAUACAACAUAUUUAUAUUGGAUAGUUUCAUUGAAAAGCUCAGUGCGAAUAAACUAAGGGAUAAUAUUUGGUUGUUUUUCUGUGUAACUGUAAAUAUUUAUCAUUCAUUUUGUCAUUAUUUACGUAAAUGUUACAGAAGCAUGUGUUAAGGUUAUUAUGUCUCGUGAGUUGUAUGAAGACACAAAAGAAAGUUUGCGGAGUCUUCUUAUUGAUCUGAAACAACUUGGAAAACAAAGUGAUUUUAGGAAUGCUGUUGGAGAAGAAAGACAAAUUGUUGAAAAAGAAGUCAAUCGAAAAUGUACUCGGGCACAAAUACUGGUUAAAGAUCUUGAAAACGAGGUGUAUCAAGCACCAACUAACUCCCAAGCUUCUAUGAAUCGGGAAAUUAAAACACUUAAAUUUGAACUUGAAUCUGUCAUAUUAAAUUUACAGAAGCCUUCGUAUAUGAGACAAGCAAGUUAUGGACGUGGUAGCUCAUCUCAGUUCCCAUCAAAUAAUCAUCACCAGGACAACGAACAGUCACUGAUGUUACUGGGCCAACAAAGCAUGCAGCGUGCAAGUGAUAGCAUAACAAGGUCAAACAUCAUUUCCGCUGAAAGUGAAGUAAUUGGAAAUGAAGUGCUUGGUAAUCUUGACCAACAGAGAGAGCAACUGCAUCGUACAAGAGAUCGGCUACAAGGUACAGAUGAUGAGUUAUCACAGACGAAGCGAAUAUUGCGCAGCAUUAGUAGAAACAUCAUAUCAAACAGAAUAUUAUUAAUCUUUAUAAUUGCACUUGAACUUGGAUCAAUUGGUUUCUUAGUAUACAGAGACUUCUUUCAAAAGCAAUCCUAGCAGUGUGUUGGUUUUGUGGUGCAAUUUGUUUGUGUUUAUUUGGUACAUUGAAUCUCUGCAUCAGCUGUGACAUUUUCCACGUUAGCGGCGUCAUAUUACGUGUUGUUACAUCAUAUUCGAGUCACAAUAGAUCCUUCCUAAAGUGGCGUCAUACUUCCGGUGCAAUAUAUUUUUUUAUUUUCUUAUGUUUCGUUGUAUUGUCAUUUUUGGGUGAUACCACUUAUGUGCCUAUAUUCAAAUGCACAUCGUUCAAGGUUUUUAAAUUCAUUUAAUAAUAAAUUAAAGACUACCCAUCACUUUUCGCCAUAUUGGCUUACAUAAUUUCAACUAACAUAUACUCAAUGCUAUAAUAAUACAGUAUUACACCAGUUGCUCAAUUUAAAUAAACAAAAAUCGGCAUGCGAGGGACCAAUAA